AAUAGACCGCCACAAACACGUAAAUUGUCUCACAUUUAGCACAUUCGAGUGCAUUUGCUAGAAAACUGCACAACGCCUUGUGUGUCCAAAACUUAAAACUGCGUAAAAAGAAGAAUCCUAGAACACGAAAUGGCUGACUGUCAGGUUGUCAUUGGUGACGAAACCUUCGAUCUUGUUACCAUUCCAGAUGCAAAAAGCCAAAUGGUGCUGAAAGCCAAAGAUCUUCUGCUUGGUUCGCUUGAUCUCCAAAGUCUUGUGGACGACCUGGGAAAACUCGGUAACUUCAUUCGUGUGGCUUACAACGGCGUGGCAGGGCACACCGAGGUCCAGAUUAAAGUACAGAGAGUCGGAUAUAAAGUAACAAAGCUGGCCGACAAAUCAGCAGUCACGGUGCACCAAUUUAAAGGCGCAUCGCAAAGUGUGCUCCACGAGCUGAAGAGCACCUAUCAGUAUCUGUUGGAUGGAUUCGAAGAUAUGGCUCUGGAAACACUUUCGAUGUUGACAGACGUCGCAGCAGAAAUGGCGAAGGCCGCAGACGAAUUACACAGCGACUUUGAAAAGGCUACAGAUGAUGUCAUUGACGCUUUGGAAGACACUCAGAAAGCAAAAGGCGUCGAAGAAAAGCAAAAGAAAACUCGUGAGGAAGAACGAAAGGACUUUGAAUCGAGAAUGAAGCAAGCAGAGCAAAGGCAAAAGAAUGCUCUUGAAGCGGAAGCAAAAGCGCAACUGUUAUAUGACAAGGCCCAAGAAAAAGAAGAUAAGGCUUUGGAUAAGCAAGACAGCCUUCUAAGCGCCGUGGGAAGUAUAUUUAAUGGAAUGAUAAGUGCUGCAGGCAACGCUAUGACAGGAAAUAUGGAAAAAGCCGCCGAAGCGAUAGAGAAAAUUGGUGAUAAGUCGGGCUACAAAGAAGCUAUGAAGAUGGCAAAUCAAGAAAAGAUGAAGCAUCUAGAUGAGUUGCAGAAAGAACGAGAAAUUCGCCAAAAGGCCAUAGAAGAGUGCAUUGAAUUUGCCGAGAAGAUAAAGAGGUGUCAAGAUGACAACGCCUUGGCAGAAGCAGCUAUAGAGGCAUUGCACAGCUCCAUUGGCGCACUCAAAUCGUUAUCUGCCAUUAUGAUGAAAGCAGCAGUGUUCUGGCAGCAAAUGCAAAGCCACUGCGAGUCUAUAGCCAAAGGAGAAAUGCAGAAAUUGGUGCAAAAGGCCUUGGAUAAGUAUGAUGACGAAAAGCGACUGAAGUUUUGGACAUCAACGGGCUUCAAGAAAAGUGCAGUGCAAUACUAUUCCAAAUGGGUUGCUCUGGAUGACGUGUGUGGUGUGUACAUGCUACAAAUCAGGGAUACCAGGCAAGAUCUUUACAACUACUUAGAAGAAAACCCAACCAUCGAGCAGGCCAAGAAGAACGUACGUCAGCUGGCUACAGAGUUUGCAAAGGAUCUCAAACAGGCUCAAGAAAAGUUGGCAGAGGAUAAUCAGAAGGCUUUAGAAGAGAAAAAGUCGCUCGAGGACAACUGACUGCGUAAAUAUGGAACGUAGGCACACACAUGACUGACGCUGCAUAUUAGGAGAAAUAGUAAUUGAGACACAAAAAAAAGAUUUCGUGAUUUUAGUUGAUAUACAUUGCCCACGGUUAAUAGACGAGAUUUACAGAUUGGAAGUUUCGAAAAAUAGGGCCCAAGGCAAUAGUCUAAAUGGAUAGUAUAGUACCUUGUCCUGGGCAUUGUUGCUCAUAAACGGCGUAAAUAAGGAAUGCGGGGUCUUUCUGAUGUACAAACUAUGUACAACUGUCAACUCCAAUCCAGAUUCCUCGCAGGGAGAAUGGGUGAGUCGCUAUUAGCUCUGUACCGCGGCCUAGAUCAUUUCAAUGCAUAAACAAGGACUAGGUACAUCUUUUCGUAUCGUAAUAAGCAUCUCGUUAAAAAGUUUUCAAUUCAAAUGGACUUUGAAAACUGUAUUGUCGUAAACCUUCAACAAGAUUCUUUUAAAUGUUUUUGUGUAGAAAAGUCGAAAGAGAAAAUCAUUCAAUGGUGACCGAAGACAACUUGCUAGGCAGAGAAUUUUUUAUUUACUCGAUGGUUCGUGCAACAACUGACCUUCAUGUCAGGUAUAGUCAGGUUUAUAUUAACAGAACCUGAGUUCGGAUUAUUUUUCAAGGCUAUAGGCUGAUUGUAUGAAAAUUGCAUAAUUUUUUGUGGUCAAACCACUUCAAACGAAUGAUAAUACUGUCUUUGUCCAAAGCAGAAUCGUUACCUUAUUUACACAUAAGUAAUUCUAAGAAACUUCCCCGUAUUUUCAAGAAAAAAAUCAGCACUACUUGUUCAUGUUUAUGUUCUUAAUAAAUAUUGCAGUGUC